UAAGCUGCCAUCUAAAUACGUGUCCAUCCACGCUGAUAUUUGAAGAGUCACAGAGUGUGAAAAUGAACCUGGUGGCGAGUUGGUGAGUCACGCCUGGUGGGCAUAUCUGGAAGCAAUAUACGAGGGAGAAAAAUCGGAUCCACAGAGCAAAUCAGGAACAAGUGCCUGCUGGAGACCAGAUAUUCUGCUACGAACACGUCAUCUGUUCUUAUUGAAUCAUCACCAGCCCCCAGAAGAGCAAGAGGAGACCAAGAAGUUGGGCCAGAGCCUGUGACAUCUGACAAAACACAGCUCAGAAGUGACCACAUCUGGUGGAAGAAGAAAAAAAAAUGUAGUUAUUGAGUCCAAUCAAGUGUUUGUGUAUCUCAAGAUAUCAACAGCUUCUAAUCAAGAAAGGUUCUGACUGGUCCCACAGACAUAUGGCUAUCCAAGGAGCCACAUGAAGAUGGAGAAAUGGAGGCACAGAGAAAUUAAGUGACUUCAGCACAGUCCCAAGCUGGGGAGGACCAAAAUUAGAAUUUAGAGAGAACCUCGACUCUGGGCCUGUGUCCUGCCCACAGAGUCACGCUGCCUCCUUUCUUAGGAGAGAAGACUUCCUGCAAGAUGGAGGUGGACGCCGAGGAGAAGCGUCAUCGCACACGGUCCAAAGGGGUCCGAGUUCCCGUGGAACCAGCCAUACAAGAGCUGUUCAGCUGUCCCACGCCUGGCUGUGAUGGCAGUGGUCACGUUAGUGGCAAAUAUGCAAGACACAGAAGUGUAUAUGGCUGCCCCUUAGCCAAAAAAAGAAAAACUCAAGAUAAGCAGCCUCAAGAACCUGCUCCCAAAAGGAAAGCAUUUGCGGUGAAAGCAGACAGUUCCUCAGUAGAUGAAUGCUAUGAGAGCGAUGGCACUGAGGACAUGGAUGAAAAGGAGGAGGAAGAAGAGGAAGAGGAGGAGGAGUACUCUGAGGAUGACGAUGAGCAGAGAGAUGAGGAUGAUGAAGAUGAGGAGGUAGAUCGAGAGGAAGAGGAGGAGCUGGAGGAGGAAGAUGAGGAUGAUGAUGAGGAUGGAGAGGAUGUAGAAGAUGAGGAAGAGGAAGAAGAAGAGGAGGAGGAGGAGGAAGAGGAGGAAGAAGAAGAAAAUGAAGAUCAUCAAAUGAAUUGUCACAGUACUCGAAUCAUGCAAGACCCAGAGAAAGAUGACAACAAUAAUGAUGAAUAUGACAACUACGAUGAGCUGGUGGCCAAGUCGCUGCUCAAUCUUGGCAAGAUCGCUGAGGAUGCAGCCUACAGGGCCCGGACUGAGUCAGAAAUGAACAGCAAUACCUCCAAUAGUCUGGAAGAUGACAGUGACAAAAAUGAAAACUUGGGUCGAAAGAGUGAGUUGAGUCUAGACCUAGACAGUGAUGUGGUGAGAGAAACAGUGGACUCCCUCAAAUUGUUAGCACAAGGACACGGUGUGGUGCUCACAGAAAACAUGAAUGACAGAAGUUAUGCUGACUCCAUGUCUCAGCAAGACAACAGGAACAUGAAUUAUGUCAUGUUAGGGAAGCCCAUGAACAAUGGGCUCAUGGAGAAGAUGGUGGAGGAGAGUGACGAGGAGGUGUGCCUGAGCAGCCUGGAGUGCUUGAGGAACCAGUGCUUUGACCUAGCGAGGAAAUUGAGUGAGACCAACCCGCAGGAGAGGAGCCAGCAGCAGAACAUGAACAUCCGCCAGCAUGGCAGGCAAGAGGAUGACUUCCCAGGAAGGACACCGGACAGAAACUAUUCAGAUAUGAUGAACCUGAUGAGGCUGGAGGAGCAAUUGAGUCCCAGAUCUAGAACUUUCUCCAGCUGUGCAAAGGAGGAUGGGUAUCACGAAAGAGAUGAUGAUACCACUUCUGUGAACUCAGACAGGUCUGAGGAAGUUUUUGACAUGACCAAGGGGAAUUUAACCCUGCUUGAGAAAGCCAUUGCUUUGGAAACUGAGAGAGCAAAGGCCAUGAGGGAGAAAAUGGCAAUGGAAGCUGGCAGGCGGGACACUAUGAGGUCCUAUGAGGAGCAAUCUCCAAGACAACUCCCUGGGGAUGAGAGAAAGCCUAAAUCCAGUGACAGCCAUGUCAAAAAGCCAUACUAUGGUAAAGAUCCCUCGAGAACAGAAAAGAAAGAGAGCAAGUGUCCAACCCCGGGGUGUGAUGGAACUGGCCACGUAACUGGGCUUUACCCGCAUCAUCGCAGCUUGUCUGGAUGCCCGCACAAAGAUAGGGUCCCUCCAGAAAUUCUUGCCAUGCAUGAAAAUGUUCUCAAGUGUCCUACUCCAGGCUGCACAGGGCGAGGGCAUGUAAAUAGCAACAGGAACUCGCACCGAAGCCUCUCUGGAUGCCCUAUUGCUGCAGCAGAGAAAUUGGCAAAAGCCCAAGAAAAACACCAGAGCUGUGAUGUGUCCAAGUCCCACCAGGCCUCUGACCGAGUGCUAAGGCCAAUGUGCUUUGUAAAGCAGCUCGAGAUCCCUCACUACGGCUACAGAAACAACGUCCCCACGACCACGCCUCGCUCCAACCUGGCCAAAGAGCUUGAGAAAUAUUCCAAGACUUCGUUUGAAUACAACAGUUACGACAGCCAUACUUACGGCAAGCGGGCCAUAGCUCCCAAGGUGCAAACCAGGGAUAUAUCCCCCAAAGGAUAUGAUGCAAAGCGGUACUGCAAGAAUGCCAGCCCCAGCAGCAGCACCACCAGCAGCUACGCGCCCAGCAGCAGCAGCAACCUGAGCUGCGGUGGUGGCAGCAGCGCCAGCAGCACAUGCAGCAAGAGCAGUUUCGACUAUACACACGACAUGGAGGCAGCUCACAUGGCAGCCACAGCCAUCCUCAACCUGUCCACACGCUGUCGAGAGAUGCCACAGAACCUGUCCACCAAGCCCCAAGAUCUGUGCUCAGCGCGGAACCCUGACAUGGAGGUGGAUGAGAAUGGAACCCUGGACCUCAGCAUGAAUAAGCAAAGACCGCGUGAGGGCUGCUGCCCAAUUUUGACCCCUCUGGAGCCUAUGUCCCCGCAGCAGCAGGCGGUGAUGAACAAUCGAUGUUUCCAGAUGAGUGAAGGGGACUGCUGGGACUUGCCUGUAGACUACACCAAAAUGAAACCGCGGAGGGUAGAUGAGGAGGAUUCCAAAGAGAUUACUCCAGAAGACUUGGAUCCUUUCCAGGAAGCUCUGGAAGAAAGAAGGUACCCAGGAGAAGUGACCAUUCCAAGCCCCAAACCCAAAUACCCGCAGUGCAAGGAGAGCAAAAAGGACCUAAUAACUCUGUCGGGCUGCCCUCUGGCUGACAAAAGCAUUCGAAGUAUGCUGGCCACCAGCUCUCAAGAACUCAAGUGCCCCACCCCUGGCUGUGACGGCUCUGGGCACAUUACCGGCAAUUAUGCUUCUCACCGAAGCCUUUCAGGUUGCCCCAGAGCAAAGAAGAGUGGCAUCCGGAUAGCACAGAGCAAAGAAGAUAAAGAAGACCAGGAGCCAAUCAGGUGUCCCGUGCCGGGCUGUGACGGCCAGGGCCACAUCACCGGGAAAUAUGCCUCCCACCGCAGCGCCUCGGGAUGCCCCUUGGCAGCCAAGAGGCAAAAGGACGGGUACCUCAAUGGCUCACAGUUCUCCUGGAAAUCGGUCAAGACGGAGGGCAUGUCUUGCCCCACGCCGGGAUGCGACGGUUCUGGACACGUCAGCGGUAGCUUCCUCACACACCGGAGCUUGUCAGGAUGCCCGAGAGCCACGUCUGCAAUGAAGAAGGCGAAGCUGUCAGGAGAGCAGAUGCUGACGAUCAGGCAGCGAGCCAGCAAUGGCAUAGAGAACGAUGAAGAAAUCAAACAAUUAGAUGAAGAAAUCAAGGAGCUGAAUGAAUCCAACUCCCAGAUGGAAGCAGAUAUGAUUAAACUCAGAACUCAGGUAACAAUUACCACAAUGGAGAGCAACCUGAAGACGAUAGAAGAGGAGAACAAAGUAAUUGAACAGCAAAAUGAGUCUCUUCUUCACGAACUGGCCAAUUUAAGCCAGUCUUUAAUUCAUAGUCUAGCUAACAUCCAGCUACCACACAUGGAUCCAAUCAAUGAACAAAAUUUUGAUGCAUACGUGACUACUUUGACGGACAUGUAUACAAAUCAAGAUCGUUAUCAGAGCCCAGAAAAUAAAGCCCUACUGGAAAAUAUAAAGCAGGCUGUGAGAGGAAUUCAGGUCUGAACAGCUGCUAGUGAUGGAUCUUGCUUAAAUAAAUUUAAAAAAGGAUGCCUCUUGUUUUUUGCUGCUGUAAUUUACAGAAAGUGUUAUAUAUUUAUUUCUGUUUGAAACAGUGUUAUGCUUACAAGACUUCAUAAUGAUUUUAUGUCUUGCUUUAAAGAUAGUACCUGCAGGAUAGUUUUUGAAUACAUUCACAUUUUGUACGUUUUCAUAUAAGCUGACAUAGUGUGAUAUGCCAUGUAAUGUUUAUAGCUGCUAAUGUAUGCACAUUUGGGGGUAUAUAUAUUUCUGAAGAGGUAAGCUGAUCAAAAUAAAUAGAGUGUAAAUUCUUUUUAAUGCUUUAGUGAUUAAAUGUUUUAGUAUUUUGAACUGAAAUGGACAAAACAAAAAAAAAAACUACAGCUUUGAAUGAUCAUGUGGUGGUCCUGUAACCACUUUUUAGACAUUAUCAUUCUGCCUCAUGUUGGAGGAUUUUAUGGAAUUUAAGAAAUACAUUUUGUGUGCAUAUUGUUUCAUAGCAAGAAUUGGUUGCAAAAAUGCUUUAUUUUUGAACAAUGCUUGGAAAUAUUAUGUGAUUUUUUUGUUUGUUUGUUUUAGGAGGAUGGUGUAUGGUGGGGGCAAUAAAUGAGGUUUUUUGAAUUCCAAGGAAAUGGCAUAUGGAUUAUCUGUAAGAAAUGAAAUAAGUAAUGUAUUGUAAAGACAACAUCAAGCCAUGGAAACUUGGCAGAAGAUUCAAAGCAGCUUAAACAGCACUUUUAAAUUAACUCCUGAGCAUUACAUGGUGUGACUAUGGGAACUGCACUUAAGACAGGGGCUUUUCAGAGGUGGACAACACGAAGACUUCCUUUCCAUUUUCAAUAAACUUUGGAACAAACUUCUCCUAUCUCCCCACAUUCUGUGCCCCUCCGCACUGUCUGUUAUUGCAAUAUGAUUUAUCGAUCAGUCUGUAUGUUUUCAUUGACGCGCAAAGAUAACUUCAGAGUAUUUAUUUCCCCUCUCUACUUUAAACUAUUUAUUGUUGUUGUUACUGUUAUCAUUUGACAUGGGGGGAAUAAAGGCAAAUGAUUGACAAGUCUGUGGGGUGCUGGACUGAGUUUUCUGCUGGACUGGUUGGAAAACUGCUUGAUCUGGUUUCUCCCCAGACCUCAACCCCAACUUGGGCUUUGAAAAGCUUUGGUACUCUUUAGAGUACUCUUGAAAUGAAUCUGUGUCCUCCCUUCCCCUGGAGACCAGCUGAGCACCUAGCAUCUGCACAGCCUUGUCGUUUUGUUUGCCCUGAUAUAUUCUAAGAUGAAUGCAAUCAGAUUUUAAGAGUAAUUAAAGAUACUUCAGCACUUUUUUUGCUUUAUACACGACCAUCUUAGACUCUACCUUGGGGAUUCGAUUGUUUGAUCCAAUGACUGCACUAUCUGUCUGCAUCAGGCCACUUUUGAUUGCUGCGUUCUCCCCUUCUGAGUAGUCCCUAGGACCAACGUGUUGUGUUUUUCUGAUGUUGACUUGCUUUACAUGUAAUAGCAUAUCUCCCUUCCAUGUCUUGAUGUUAUGCAGGAAGUACAAAAGUACUUUAAAAUUUUGUUAUGAAAUAAAAAAGAUGGGUUUUGUAAAAAUAAAAAAAAAUAUUUUUAGCAGAACAGGACUUACAGGGUCAUUGUCCCCACAACGUGCCAGUCGACUAUUUGCACUUACCUUGUCCUAUAUAUCCGUACGGAGGUGUGCAAUUCCUGGUGUCAGCAGCCUCGAAACGCUGAGCCUGGAAGAAAUUAGAGGAGGCCCUCAAGGCUGACCCGAUAAUGUUGCUAAGGGAGAUUACAGGGAUCUCACAGCAAAUAUUCUGAUACAAUACUCAACCUCGGUAUAUAUAUAUAUGUAUAAAUAUAUGUACAUCCCAGCGGCACUUUAUACUGCUCACUGUACAAACGCUUACAGUUUUCCACGAGGACUUUAAUAACUAGCUGGGAAAAGAUGAUGUAAUUACUCUGGGGCCCUGCAGCCUUUCUGCAGAGCGCCCUCUUUCUGUUGUGCUAUUAGUUGUAGCUGCCAUGCUCAGAAUUGCCUUUUUGAGAGCUGAAGCAAGGUGCUUCUUGUCACCUGAUGCCAUAUCUAUCGUCCGGGGCUCUGGCCUCCUGGCAGGGCCCCUUGUUCAUAUCGGCAUAUGCAUUUCCCCGCCGCGUUGUGUCUGCAGCUUCUUUGCCAAUAUAGUAAUGCUUUUAGUAGAGUAAUAGAUAGUAUCAGUUUUGGGUUCUUGUUAUUACCUAUGUACAAUGGAAAGGGGUUUUAAGCACAAAUCUGCUGCUCAUCUAAUGUUGGUACAUAAUAUCAAAUCAAAAGUUAUCUGUGACUAUUAUAUAGGGAUCACAAAAGUGUCACGUAUUAGAAUGCUGACCUUUCAUAUGGAAUUCUUGUGAGUCAUCAGAGUUUAUUUAUUAUAACUUAUUGUUCAUAUUCAUUUCUAAGUUCCUUUAAGUAAUCAUUUAUUAAGACAGAAUUUUGUAUAAAUAUUUAUUGUGCUCUCUGUGGAACUGAAGUUUGAUUUAUUUUUGUACUACACGGCAUGGGUUUGUUGACACUUUAAUUUUGCUAUAAAUGUGUGGAAUCACAAGUUGCAGUGAGACUUCAUUUUUAAAUUGUGAACUUUGUACAAAUUUUGUCAUGCUGGAUGUUAACACAUCUUACUCUAAAUAAAAAGGUGUUGCCACAUUUGUAGCACGAUGGAUCUCUA